AAGCAUUCUUAUCUAACCAGGCUUGAAGGCCUGAAAGGCCUUUAAUAUCCUUAUUUCUUAAAUUUAAUAACAACGCAAGAACCCAUCAUAAAAUGGACAGCGUUGCCUCGGCCAGCAGGCCAUCGAAAAGUCGCGUUAAUAAAGCCAAUCGCAAAACCUAUGCGGCUCGAUGGAACAUGAAGAUCUUGAGUGGGCUGCAAGCCGCGUUGACGAAAGAUCCCGAGGCCGAUCUCGCCGCCCUCUUACCAUCUACAUAUUCUGAGCAGCUACGGUCGUGUAAGAGACCAGCCGUCCAACUGGCAGGGAUAAAGCCUAGGCCUUUGUUCCCUGACAGCGACAUCCGCUCCAGACUCUGUAUUACUGACCCAUCCACCAUCAUAUGCGAGCUGUCAACCGAAGUGGGAGGGCUUCUUCGAAUUGCUGGAAGCCUUUCGGAAGCCAUCAUCAGUCUCCUGGACGAAAGCGAAGUCCUCUACAAAUGUGCAUGGGCAGCGUCUGUCAUGGUCUUCAAAGUCAGCGAAACUAUUGUCCUCAAGGUCACGGACGAAGGGUUUGCCACAACUGAAUAUCAUUCUCUCUCGUUCCUUCAACAACACCUACCCGCCUUUCCCGCCCCGAGACCACACGGCCUCGUACGUAUUCGUAAAUACGGCCUUCUCUUUACGACCUUCAUCCCAGGACAGAACUUGGAGCAAGCAUGGCCUCAACUGGAUAAUGCUCAGAAGCGGUCCAUUAGCAGCCAGCUGGAUACACUCUUCUCCGACCUAAGGCGGCUUCCAUUUCCGGCUAAUACUCCGCUUGGCGGCGUCCAAGGAGACGGGUGCAAGGAUGGCAGACGAGGACAACGCACUUCCUCGCAGCCAAUCAUGGAUAUCAAGCAGUUCGAAGAUUUUAUCUUUGCUGGAUCCGCUACAGCCUCGCCAUUAUACACCCGGCUUUUACGCGACAUGAUGCCAACAACCCCGGCAAAGUGCGUCUUUACACACGGCGAUAUUCGCCCAGCAAAUAUUAUGGUUGAGAAAGCCGAGGAUGGAAUUUGGAAGAUCAUUGCUAUUAUCGACUGGGAAGCAAGUGGAUUCUACCCGGAAUACUGGGAGUGCGUAAAGAUGACGAACAACCUGACCGCGAGGGACAAUGACGACUGGUACAUGUACCUCCCAGAAUCCUUCUCUCCGCGCCAGUACUCAGUUCAAUGGUUGGUAGAUAGGGUGUGGGAUCGUUCCUUGGUCCACAGCUGAGAGAGUUCACUCAUCUGAAUCAUAAAUGUACUCCUCUGACAAAACCGGACGUUGCCCCUCAUCGUCAUCCUCGUGACUUUCUUCGCCCUCAUUCUCGUCUCCCCCACCACCAAAGUUUGGACCGUAGUCGGGCAUCAUUCUCGCUUUG